AUGAGUCACUCCAAAGAAACCUAUGGCACCGACGAUGCCACCCUCGCGGAUUCGUGCAGUGCUUAUCAGUAUCAGACCACAAUGACUGAGAGCAACUCUCUUGGCCCAGUUCCUUUGAACAAAGACAGCUCUUGCCGCCUUUAUCAUAUAUAUCACACACUCUUUCGCCAUGAUUAUAACGUCCACAAUGCCAGCAAGGAACAGCUAUACCACGUUCACAAUUCAACGUGGACACCGAAGAAACCCGAUCUCAGCGUUCAUGCCGGCACUAGUGCAGAAGCACCGGUACUGGCAGUCUGCAAAUUCCUGCAUUUCUCACGGCAUCUCAAAGUCGGAUUGGGAAACCCUGAAACACCAAAUUCAGUUGAUUGGGAAGAUCUCGUGUCCCUCAGCCACCUUCAUGCAAGAUAUCGGUUUCAAAUGUCGCUCAACCCAGAGUAUGGGGUAGAGCGGCGAGCAUUCAUUUGGAAGAGCACGCAUUCGGUAGGAGUUGGGGAUACAAAGCCUUCGACGUUUUCUUGGCGCAACUACAAGCUUGUCGAUGAGGCGACUGAUCGGCUCGUUGCCGUGUUUACGAGCAGCGUUUGGGGUUGUAAGAAGUCUGGGAAGCUUGAGAUCUAUGCGAAUUAUGGGCAGGAAUUCGACCUGAUGGUCAUCAUCACUGCUCUUGCUCUGCGUGAGAAACAACGUCGACGAGACAAAAGAUCCUCAUCAGGAGGAGGCGGCAGCUGA